UCCAAAUCGAAGGAGACAGAGAGAGUGAGAGAAGAGAGGAAUGGCGGCAGCGAGACCAUUGUUGAAGAAGAUUACUCCUGUACUGCAGAGGAGUCUUCUUCUACCUAAUUACCCAGGAAUUCAAAGUAGGAUUCGUCGUCCUACUCCUUAUCUUAGAGCAGAUGGAAAAGAUAAAAUACUAGGAGAUGUGAAAAGAGAAGAAAUUUGGGGAAAAUCGGUUGCAGAGUUGUGGAAGGGGGAGAUUGAAGACGACAUGGAUUCAAGGUGGAUGGAUUGGGUGGAAUUAAGGCACAAAUUAUGGAAACAAAAGGAUGAGGAGCAGCAGCGGAGAGACCUACAGGUGAGAUGGUCAUACUUACGAGAUUAUUUACAUGAGGCAGGGUUUGAAACUCAUAAUCAUAGACCACUAUUAACUAUGAAAUCACCAGAAGGUGAUGAUCAAACAAUUAUAUUCACAAUCGGUUCACCUGAUUUAGGGUUACAAAGUAUGCACAAAUUAGUAUUGGAUCGUGGUCCUUUUUAUUCCUAUGAUUUGCCUAAACAAGCUGUUAAUGGUUUGCUAUGUUUUGCCACAUGUAACAUGGAGGAAUUUCUCAUAUAUAAUCCUAUGACUGGUGAGAAAUUACCUUGGAUUGAGACUACUAUAAAAGUAAAUCAGGGCGAAGAGAAUAGACGCAUAGUUGACUGCAUUGAACUUGGAUUUGAUCCUGUUAACAAUCAACAUAAAGUCAUUUGCAUAUCAAGUAGCAGAUUGAAAAAAUAUGCUACUGAUAAGGACGGUUUGCCGAUAUCAUCUGAUCAACAAGUAGGAGCCGAAGAUCAAAUUGUUGAAGUAUUGACUGUUGGAGAAAAUACAUGGAGAAGAAUCGAAGCUGUCCCACCUUAUCGUGUGGGAAUUGGGAGGGAGGAGUUGGCUAAACCUGUUUAUGUGAACGGUAAUAUAUAUUGGCGAUUCCGGUAUGUUCGCAAAGGUGAAGUAAUAAUGGGAUUUGAUUUUGGAACUGAAAGUUUUAGAGUCAUUCCAAUCCCUGAAUUCUACACUGGGGAGGAUCCUGAGGACGAUUUCAAAUCUUUUCAACCUAUUGAAUUGAUGGAAUUUCAUGGGCGCAUAGCUGUACUAGACCGUGUAUGGGGUUAUGAAAGUGCGCUAUGGGCAAUGCAGGAGGAUGCAGGUGGUAACAUUGAGUGGAAAGAUGAGGAGAUAUACAUACCUUAUUCUUGGAAUGUAAGACGAGAUCCUUCUGUUGCAGCUCUUACCGGGACGAGUCAUAUUUUCAUACAGCCAGAGUAUACAGACAGUAUCUUUUAUUACAACCUCGACACAAAAAAGUACUUGAGGUUUCCAAUCUCUCCCGAUCGUGAUCUUGUUACUUGGGAAAAGACACUACAACUGUAGUGAAGAACCUCUUAUCUGUCAGUACAGGGAAUAACGAAUGCAGCAUGUUAUGAAUGUUGCAGGUGAUUGGAUUAUGAUAUUAUCCUUUACAUUUCAGUUUUAUACAUCAUAAUAGCUCCCAUGUCUGGUGUUUCCUUUGCUUUUAGCUCUAAAUGAAUAAGUUUGUGUAGGUUUGAAUCUGAAAUACUAAGUUAUAGGUUUGGUUAGACAAAGGUAUCUGAAUGGCUUAUCAAUAGAGAAGUUGUUCUGUAUGGGAGAGUACUGUGGAGGCACAAGAACCCUUCAAAAACAUUAAUCAUAAUAUCAUUUAAGUGUAAAUUCUUGCCGAA